CAAGAUUCAGCUGGGGCGUUAUUUGCAGCGGCGAGACCUCGACAAGUCGUUGUUGAUGACAGCGGCAUCUUCCUCCCGCGGCGGCGGAGGAAGGUGCGCCAAGCCGCCGUGACGGCCAUCGUGCAUCGUCACCUAGAACCGCAAGUCUUGGAGCCAACAACCUCCACUUUGUCUUGCAAACCGCCACCGGCUAGAUGGAAAACCCUUCACUUGCGUCGCUAUCAUUGACGCAUGUUCACUAUAACCCCGCGGACCGUAUCUCCUACCUCUGCGCAUGGCUGGCCCUCGUGCCGCAGGGACUAUGCGUCGUGUAUGCAACACUGAUAUGGUCGAACCGCGAGAUUGAGAUUGGCCUCAUGUUUGCUGGCCAGAUGGCGUGUGAAGCGCUUAACUGGGUGCUGAAGCGUCACUUUAAGGAGGAGCGACCUCGAGAAAUGCACGGCAAGGGCUACGGAAUGCCUUCGUCACACGCACAGUUUGUGACUUUCUUCUCGGUCACCCUGACGCUGUUUCUCUUGUUUCGUCACGUUCCUCAUCCCACCGAAACACACACGCCCUUUAGCCUCGCCGGUCGGGUUGUGCUCUCACUUCUAGCUUUAGCCUCUGCUGCAGCUGUCGCCGUCAGCCGCAUAUACCUGAGCUACCACACUCAAAAGCAGGUCCUCGUUGGCUGUGCUUGCGGUGCAGCAUUCGCCCUUGUGUGGUUCGCGUUCACGACCUAUCUGCGCAGAGCUGGCUGGAUUGAUUGGGCAAUCAGUACCUCGCUCUUCAGGGCAUUUCGAGUCAGGGAUUUGGUCAUUCAGGAGGACUUGGUCGACUCAGGCUGGGCCAGAUGGGAGGACAGGCGCAGGCGACAGGAUUUCCGCUAUCAAGGCAAGAAGAGCAGAUGAGGCGACAUCAUCGAUAGUAGCAAAGUCGAAACCCACCGCGGGAUCACCGACAAUGUCAAACCCCAGUGUUCGGAAUCAUCACUCGCUCCAGCCCGCU